AUGUCGGGUGCUAGGCCAACACUUUUGGCCCAUGAACCUUAUUUUCCUCGUUUACUCCCAAAGCCACCACAACCGCACCCAGUCCCCCUUCCCAAAGAGCCUAUAUACGGCCACCUAAAUGCGUAUCGCGACAUUCAACGUGAAAUGGACGACCUCAGCGAUGAGGAGCACGAACUCGAAGAAUUGAACGCCGCUGUUCGUGAUCGAGGCUUCUCCUUUCUUGUUCCUAUCGGGCGCUCGCUUACUCUUCAAGAAGAAAAGAAUGAUAAUGGCCAGGCUGAAGAUGACUCCGAGGAUUCUGUAUCAAUGCAUACCGGUGGACCUCCCUCUAUACUCGAGGAUGAUGGAGAAAAUGACUCUGGUCAAGAUCUUGACGAAAGUAUGGAAGAUCUCGACGAGGAGAUUGCUGAUAACACUGAAGAAAUGAAUGAUGGAGACACUGAAGAGUACGAGGAAGACAGGUCCGAGUUGCUUUAA